AUUUAGAUUUUAAAGAUGUUCCUCAGCAAUAUAAAGACCAGGUCGUUCAAAAGAUGAAGUAUUACUAUAAUAUCGAUGGGCAUCCAGAACCUGAAAGAGUUAUGGGAACUCUGUAUACGGAGAUGCGCAAAAGAUAUUCAGAGAGAAAGAAUAUUAGGCAUUCUCAUUUCCAAAAAUAUUAUUCUGGAAAUCCGAAUGAUUUGGAUAGUGCUCUCAAUGCUAUUCCUGACUUGUGCUCGAAGGAGAGUUGGAAAGAAAUCGUCAAUUUGUUUCUGAGCCCAAAGUUUAUAGCGCGAUCCACGCAGAACAAGAAAAAUAGAAAGGAAAUGAAGUAUUUGUCGACGCAAGGCUCUAAAUCAAUGGCAGCGAUCCGUAACGAAUAUGAUGAACCUGAUGAGCAUGCUAUUGAUGCUUGGAGAGAUACUCAUAUAAAAAAAUCUACGAAGACUUGGGUUAGCGAAAGUUGCAAAGAACUACAUGUAAGUUAAAGUUUUUUCUUUCUUUAUUGAUCUUAAAUUAUAGUAAUAUUGGUUUUUUA